AUUUGAGUGGACGACAAAUAAGUUUUCAGAAUGCGUUUGGGGGCUGUUCAAGGUGUACAGCGAGUUGUUGAUACCAGCCAAUGAAAGCACAGUUUAUAAAUUGCUUAGUGACGUUUGUUCUACGUUUGAAUUACUUAAGAUAACCGAGUUCAAACAGAUUGUCGAACUGUUAAUAAUAACCACAUUAGCUAGCGCCAUCCAGUCAACAUUACGAUAUUAAAUUAAAGAAAUCGUUGAUUAAAAGGAAGUAAUCGUUGAUUAAAAGGACUAACUAAGCCAACUAUUACGAACAUGACGAGGAAUUGGAGGCGUUGGAGCAGAUAUAUCAUCCACAGAAAAGAAAAAAUACUGUUCCUUCCCAUACUCAUACUAGCCUUCCUGAAUUUAUAUAUCUACUACAAUGGAUGCCGCUCUGUCUUUUUGUUUUCUGAUCCAUUAUCUGUUGAACGAUUCCGACACGGCUACAUAAAUGUAAUGCCCGAAUAUAUGAUCUCGAACGAAAGUUUUAACGGAGAAGGUGACCCCCCUCAUCUGUUGUCGUCCGACAUUACACUUACCGUUCAUUACUUUUGGUGUGAAAGGAAAUAUUUCAGUUUUGAAAAUUAUUUAAGUGUUUUAAGUUCUUACCGAUUCCUAAAACCAACUAGAAUUAUAUUUCAUUACCACCAUUUACCAGAACUAGAUUCUUAUGGAUAUUACCAAUUUUAUGCAGAGAUGACCAAAACCAUUCCGAUUCUUUCACACGAACCAAUACAGAGUUGUGGAACAGGCUUCAACAAAAUAGCUCUGAUUUUGUACACUUUAGAUCAAAGGGGUGGAAUUUAUGUUGGUGAGAGAACCAUAUUAUCAAAUGAUUUGAUCGCUUACAGAAAAAAGACAAUCUCGCAUUUCUUGAAAAGUGACGCAGAGGGUCUGGUAUUGCUAAAGAAAGGUUCUUUGGGAAUCAAUUCUAAACCCUCAAGUGAUGACAUUAAAGACAUACUAUCAUCCUUUAUAUCUGACAUAAAGUGUAUAAAUACCGAACUCUACUCUGUGUCGAGAUAUGAUUGCUUGUUUAUAGAAAAGGAAAUAUUUCCAGCUGAUAUAUUCACUACAAGUUCGGAUGUUGGGCAACUGGUACGAUGGAUAUAUUUUGGUCACAAAAAUUCUCGGGAACCACAAACCUAUGGAGAACAAUCACCCUUGAUCGUGCACUAUGUAUGGCUAGGGGACCGAGCUCUGACCUUCUUCGAUUAUCUAAGUCUGUUAAGUGCCGUUUAUGUUUUAAAAGCUGAACGUGUUUAUAUUCACGGUGAUAUUAAACCAAGUGGCCCACAUUGGACGAAAGCAGAACAAAUACCAAAUGUUCACUUUAUAUUUCGAAAAUUCCCCGCUUCUGUGUUCGGCAACAAGAUAGAAGCAUUUGCUUCUCAUGCUAGUGACUUCUUAAGAGGUGAUCUGCUGGUUCGGUAUGGCGGUAUCUAUAUGGAUUGGGACGUUUUGUGGGUGAACACUAUUCCGGAUACACUCAGACAGUUCGGUCUUGUUGUCAGUGUCGACACGGUAACCACCGGAUCGUUUCCAGAUGUAUUUAAUAUGGGUGUUUUAAUUGGUCAAAAGGGGUCCAGAUUUAUGCAAUUCUUUUUAGAGUCAUACAGGCACUACUUGGAUAAACAUUGGUCAUAUAAUGCCAUACACAUUCCUUAUAAGAUCUAUGAAUUGCAUCCUGAAUUGGUGCGAGUGGAACCGCAUUUGCAAGUGAUAUGCGCAGAAGGAAAAUGUCAUCCAAGUUGGUUGCAAGGUUUUAAAGAAAAGAGUCAUUUGGAUGGUCUGGAUUUUAACUGGAAAAACGAGACAUUAAGUUUACAUUGGACAUAUCCAGACCCAACCGAAUUUAGUAAUAUGGACGCCCUAUUAUCAUCUAAAAGUAUGUUUGGUGACAUUGGUAAAUUCGUGCUCAGAAGUGCAGGGUAUAUAUAGCUAAAUGCAUUGGAUAUUAUGUUAAUGCCAACAGUAAACAACAAAAUCCUUAAAUUUCAAUUCCAGGACAAACUUCUGAAAAACCAAACUGUGAAACCGAAAAAAAAACCCAUUGAAAGUCAGAUGGAACAUAUAUAGAAUCUCCUUCCAGUCUUUUUUGAUAUCAAAAAAUAUCAACACAAGUUGAUAAAGUAACAAAAAACGAGGCUCUGCCGAGGUUUUUUUUACUUUAUCAACGAGUGUUGAUAUUUUUUGAUUUAAAAAAGACGAGUAGGAGAUUUUAUUUAUCACCCAAUCCCUUCUUACAUGCACAAAUAGAUAAAUAUAGUUCUUUGCUGUAGAUUUCACUUUUACUGAACAUUACGGCGUUGUGAUACAUCAUUUUUUGACGGCAAUUCAACCAUUGCAAAGUCCUUUAUAUUGACCCAGUGUUUCCAUCAAGGUCAAUUGAAUAACAAUAGUCCAUUUUUAAUAAAAAAAAGUUACUUUUAAUAAGAAAUGAACUGUUCUUUGAAAAUAAAAAAAAGUAGUUCUUUUUCAACAAACCAAUCAAAUUCAUGUAAAGCGAUAUCUCCUUAGGAGAUAUCGCAGUAGAUUAUGACAUAUAUCACACAAGCGAUAUCUACUGUAGAAUGUAUUAUUGGGUGAUCAACCAAAUUACGACAAUACCAUUUUGUUUAUAUGUUAGUUCACAUUUUAAAAGAUCAAAUAAACACCAAUUAAUAAAGGCCGAAUCGACCCAAAUAAAAAAAUCACCACCUCCUUUAACUGGUCUGCAGUUUUGGACAAAACUGUUGAAUCUCGGAAAAAUUUCUUUGUAUUUCGAGCCCAUAUUUCGUAAGUCUGUUGCCAGUUAAACAGUUAAUAAUCGUUGACAAUAAUACUGUUAUCUGUCAGUGAACUAACCUCGGGUUUUAUUUAUAUUUCAUUGAUCAUGCGACUAGCUUAAAUACGAAGUUUAGGCAAAUAUAAACAAAUUUUAUAGCCGUGCAUUAACUAAUAUUUGAGAGAUAAAUCAAACCGAUAAUAAUAGUAAAACCGUGUUAGAUUCAAAGCCAUGCACAAACUUUUAUCAUUCAAAUUAAAUAUUUAAAAAAUACCACUUGGGGUGUUUCUAUUGAUCAAUAAAUUACGUAUUGUGUACAAACUUAAUUUAGGAAUAGGUAAUAAACCCUCGCAAAUUUCAUUUUGGUGUAUAAAUUUACACAUUUCCUGCGACGGCCAAUAGGUUUUAGUACUUAUUUUCUCUGGAUUUUUCUUACCGUGACAUAACUAUAAUUGUUAGAUAUUAUUACAAUAAUAGUAAAUACCACUUGAUACUAUAUGUUGUUUACUUAAAACAAAACGGGAGACGUGACACUUUAACUUUUUGCAUCGAUUUUUCAAAAUUCAGCGGAUAAGCUAAUAGCGGGUUAUAAUGUUUAUACGUCCGGUUCAAUAUGAAAACUGAUCUUACAAGUUAUCUUUUAAUAUUUUAUUACACUUGUACAUUUCUCAGUGUUUCAAUUAAGUUACACAUUUUGGGGUGUUUGGAUGUUUUUUUUAUUAUUAUUACGAUUAGAUUGUGUUGAUGGGGCGGUACAAUAAGAAUAUGAACAUAUUAUCUGUUUGACCCAACUUAAAGCGGCAUUAAGCAAGAUUAAAUAUAGAGCUGACGGGCCUCGCUAUUAUAGAUAAUUUUGAAAAUGAUUGGCAUAUAUGACUAUUUAUCUUGUAAAUCUUUGUUUUGAAUUAUUAAAAUUUUCCCAGGCAGCAUUAGUCCAUGACUCCCAAGGUUAUACUGGAAAUGUAAAAUUAGAGAGAAGACAUUCGAUGUGAAAGAAAGAUCAAGGUCAUUAGAAGGAGAAUUUCUUUAAGGUGGUUUCCUUUGUCAACAUAAACCAGGGUGUUUAUCUCACAUGUGAAGCGUUAAAACAAAUAUGUCCAUUGCGGGUCUCUUUUCUUCAAAAUUUAUAUAAAUUAUUAUUUAGAUAUUUAUUCACAUGGCCAGCAUAUAGUCAACUUGUACACCAUUGAAUGGCCACGAUAUUGAGUAGAUUAGACCCUGCCAACCAUACCUUCGUCAAACGUAAAAUGGACGCCACUCACGGAGACUGUCGAUUAAAGCACGGGAUAAUUAGACUUCAUUUUUUUUUUAUCGUGGUUUAUUAUCGAGACUUUUUAUGCUAUUGCUAGUCAAAACUUCAAAUAUUCAAAAAUUCGCUCAGAAUUUGACUGGAAUAUAUUCAUCUAUCGCCGCAUCUAAACAUUUAAUAAGAAAUCUUAUACUUCACAAAGAGGAAGUCUUUCACAUAGUUAUUAUCAGUCGUUAAGAGCUACACCUUAUAUCUUAAUGUUGUAUAUUAAUAAAGAAAAUAUAAAACCUUGACAUGAUCGGUAAAUAUUGACAAAGUUAACUGAUAACAAUAUCCUCUACAGUCGUUGAAACGGGGCACGAGAAGAUAAUAGUACCUAAUAUGUCAACUAUACAGAGA